CCAGCAUGUAGUCCUUGCCCAUCAUGGUUCUAAUCUGCUCCAGAGUGCACGCGUGCGCACCGACUCAGAGAGACAUUUUGAAAGUCCUCACUGCCGCAUGUCUUCGUUUCCACAGCAACCACAUCAGUCUGGUGUCCUUGUGUGAUGAUGUCUUCUUGUUUCACUGAUGGAGGAGGCAGUCGCAUCCCACUCCUUCCCUCCCUCCCUACUGCGCGAUGACGUCACCCUCGACGACUCUCGCUCAGCCAAGUUUCGUCCAAUCCUGAGCAACAGUGUAGAAGAUAUUGUUACGAUUAUGGUCAAAACGUCCAAAUACGUUUUUUUCUCUUCUGCUGCUACGGUGUAAAUAUAAAUAGCGUCACUUAUUCAACAUUUGUUGUUCUUCCGUGUACUUUGCGACAGAUGAUGCCUCUUUACGUCACCUGCUGUACUCGGCUAAUCGAUAGAAUAUGAAUAUAAUUUGAAAUGCGCUCAUGGUUGAAACAUAUUAACACGGGAGUCUCACUGACUCCUUACCAUGACAGCAAGAACCACCUGACGUUGUUUAAAUUCAUUUAAAACGUGUUGUCCUGUCAACAAAUGCCGUGUACGUUGCGACAGACGUCAAACGAUGCCUCUUUACGUCACCUCGGCUAACCCUAUGAAUAUAAUUUGAAAUGCGCUCAUGGUUGAAACAUAUUAACACAUGAGUCUCACUGACUCCUUACCAUGACACCAAGAACCACCUGACGUUGUUUAAAACCAUUUAAAACGUUGUCCUGUCAACAUAUGCCGUGUACAUUGCGACAGACGAUGCCACUUUACGUUGCCUGCUAUUUUCUGCUAAUCCUGCUCUAUGGAUGGAAAUAUGAAUAUAUUUGAAACGCGUUCAUGGUUCAAGCAUCACUGUAUAAUAGUCUAAUUAACAUCCAGUGCUUUUUGAUGACAAGAAGAACCGCCUGACAUCAUCGAGACUGCUCCUUAACCCGGAAAUAAAACCGCCUCCUGUCUCUAGUUUUUUUGUUGUUGUUGUUUCUGUUAGUAGUUUGUCGGCCGGUGUAGUUCAGUUAUUCUGCCUCAGCUUUGACACGUAAUGGAUGACAUAUACGUCAAACCAGGAAACCAAGAACGUGGGUGGAAUGACCCUCCUCAGUUCUCCUACGGCCUCCAGAUGGCCCGCACCCCACAGAGGAACCUUCUGAACAAGAGGCCCACGCUGCCCGACACCGCCGCCCCUCCUCCGGCUCCUCAUUCCGGCCCCUCGGGACCGCCGCCGUCGGGUUUGGCCCCGCCUCCCGCAGGACGCGCUCCCAGCUGGAAGACCGCAGAGAGACUUCGGGGCGACGAGGACGGCGGUCGAUCGGAGGGCGAGCCCGACGUCGAGGCGGCGCUGGAGAUUCUUCGGCAAGCGCUGGACGCGUGCAGACGAGACGUGGAGCCUCAGGUGUGUAACGACGUGGAAAAGAGACUCCGCCUCCUUGAGGACAGCUGGAAAUCGGGUCGACUGAGUCUGCCGGUCAGGAGACGCGUGAGCGCCUUGACUCGAGAGCUGCGAGCCGGACACUGGGACCGGGCCGACGAGAUCCAUCGCUCUCUCAUGGUGGAUCACGUGACGGAGGUCAGCCAAUGGAUGGUGGGCGUCAAGCGACUGAUCGCCGAGACGCGAAAGCUUCGGGCCGACGCCUGUCGCUCGUGACCUUUAAACUUUUCCCGCGGCGGUUGUCGGUCAACCGCCCUCGGACAGAUUGCGAGGCCAAUGAAAAUAAAAGUUGUUUUUCCGGGACGGAUGAUUUGACGUUUGCUUCUGUUGAUGGCGGAAACUGCGUGGUGGGUAUAGCUUCGCUGUGCUGGUCAGUAUACAAGUACUAACU